AUGCGUCUUGUGGUGUUUCUUCUUGUCAUAGUUGGGUGUUGGUGUGAUGUACGAGUAUUAAUAGAUCAAAGUGGAGGAUACAAUAUUACUGUUAAUAAUCAAGUAUGGCUUCGUUCAUCUCGUACAGCUAUAUAUACUGAUGCUCGAUGGUAUUCAACAGAAGAUAAUUCUCUUACUUUGGUCAAUGUAACUUUUGCACAAGGUGAUGAUCCAGAUUUAGGUAGUUGGAAUGAAACAAGAAUGACGUAUAAUCUUGUUAGUAAUCAAACAUCUACUGCAAUUACUGCUCAUAUACGUCAAUGGAAUAUUGUUUCAGCUUUUACUUUUCGUUUGCAGACGGGUGAUAAAGUUCUAACCGAUAGAAUAUCACUUGAUAUGGAACAAGUUCGUACUGUAUUUCCAUCAUUUUAUAUUGAAAAAAUAGGUAUGAAUGAUCAACGAGGAUAUUUCACAUUUGAAGGAGUAAUGUCAGGUGAAAGUGAUAAACAUGCAGGUAAUUGGAAUGCAUCAAGUAAAGUUAUUAGAUCUGGUAUGCAAGGUGGUCCAGU